CGUUUCAAGCGUUUUUUGAUAGUGAUCAUUUACACGACAGCACUUGUCAAAAUAACGAUUAAAAACUUUGAUUUAUUGUAUUCUCUUUGGUAUUUUGCUUACUUAGUUCUAAAAAAUGAUGUUGAAAACUAUCAUUUUAGUAGGAGGACCCAUGAAAGGAACAAGGUUUCGUCCACUAUCCUUAGAAACUCCAAAACCAUUGUUUCCAGUUGCAGGAUUUCCUAUAAUACAUCAUCAUGUGGAAGCAUGUGCACAGGUUGAAGGAAUGAAGGAAGUGAUACUGAUUGGGUUUUACCAGCCAAAUGAUGCUCUUAACAGAUUUAUAACUCAAGCACAACAACAGUUUAAAAUUCAGAUAAGGUAUCUACAAGAGUACACUGCCCUUGGAACAGCAGGUGGGAUUUAUCAUUUCCGAGACCAGAUUCUUGCAGGAAAUCCGGAUUAUUUUUUCCUGAUGAAUGCGGAUGUGUGCGGAGAUUUUCCUUUAAAGGAAAUGUUACAGUUUCAUAUGAAGAAACCAGCUUCCACAUAUUGUACCAUUCUCGGAACUGAGGCAACACGGCAGCAGUCAUUGACAUAUGGUUGUAUUGUAGAGAGUAAAGAUACACAUGAGUUAAGUGUUGGUCAGGUAAUGCAUUAUGUGGAAAAGCCAGAAACGUUCAUCAGCACUACAAUAAAUUGUGGAAUCUACUUGUGUUCUCCCACCUUGUUUGGUCCCCUGGAAGUGGAAUUUAAGAAAAAUUUGGAGCAGAAUUACAACUAUGAUGAACAAGGUUUUGGUUGCGACUACAACACUGCUCCAGCAAAAGAAGUGAUUAGAAUGGAACAAGACAUCUUCGUACCUCUUGCCUCAACCGGUAAACUUUAUGUGUACCAUACAGAUCGAUUCUGGAGUCAAAUCAAAUCUGCUGGAGCUGCAAUAUAUGCUAACAGACAUUACCUAGAUCUGUACCAAAAGUCCCAUCCGGAGCGUUUAGCCAAGAACAGUGUAGGUAAACCACAAAUACGUGGAGACGUGUUUAUACACCCAUCAGCUCAAGUUCACGAAACGGCUGUGCUAGGACCUAAUGCAACUAUUGGGAAGAAUUGUGUUGUAGGAGAAGGUGUCAGAGUGAGGGAUUCUGUGAUCCUAGAAGGAGCUGUAUUACAGGAUCAUUGUUGUGUGUUAGACAGUAUAAUUGGAUGGAAUUCUCAAAUUGGUGUCUGGACUCGCAUUGAGGGAACUCCAAACGACCCAAACCCAAAUAAACCUUUUGCGAAAAUAGAAACUACCCAAACAUUUACAAAUGAUGGCAAAUUGAAUCCUUCCAUUACAGUAAUAGGUUCUGAUGUCCAAGUACCAUCUGAAGUGAUCAUUCUGAACUCCAUUGUCCUUCCUAAUAAAGAACUGAGUGGAUGCUAUAAAAAUCAAAUCAUUCUUUAAAGCUAUGUAAAGAAAGAAGGGAAAAGUUUAUUUUAUCAAUGA